GACACGGUCAAGGACGGGCGGGUAGGUAGUGUGUGAUCCGCCGACUGGCUGUGUCAGUGUAUGUGUUCUACCUAGAACGUCCUGAUCGGGCAUAUUUUUGUUUCCGGCCGAUUCGCCAGUGUGGGGUGUACCGGUGGCCAUCGCGAAGCUCACUGUCAUCAAGACUGAUGGUGGCCUACUUGAUCUCAAAUGCUUUAUUGAAACAAUGAAUGUUCUAGUUCUACUCUUUAUAACUAUAACCGUUUAUUUACUUAAAUGAUUGAUGACUAUUUCUUUAUAUAUGAUAACAACUACGGUAAUGGUGGAUAAUAUUAAAUUAAUUUGUUUAGUUCACCACCGAAGGCCCCUGUGGGAUGCAACAUGCAAGAACUACCAAAACAGGGAAAUGGCCAGGCAACUUUGGCAGGAAAUAGGUGUAGAACUCGACAAUACAAGUAUGUAAAUAGUAAAUGUAUUUUGACUAUUUCUUAAAUUUCAAUUAUUUUAACCAUCAUUUUAAUCUUUCACGAUUAUUGUGGGGCUCUAAAUACUAAAUGCAAGCUCUUGUUUGCACUGACUGAGUGGCCAGAUGUAAACUCCUCAAAGGAUCACUGAUCAGAAUAUUUUAUAAUGGACUAAAUGGAAGUAAUUCAACAACCAAAAAAAGUUAAUUCAGAGCUUUUGAUUUGUACAUGCUUUUGCUCUGUCCUCUGUUGAUAUAAAUGCUCAUAUUCCCAAAUCGCUAUAUGAUCGCUGAUGAAAUUGCUCAUAGUCCCUGUAAAUAGUCUGUUGUUUUUGUGUGCAAUCUCAAAUUCAUGAAUUCUAAAGGAGUAUCAAUUUUGAAAAGAUGUUUUUAUACAAAGAUUAUUUUUUUCAUUUGAUUUUCAGUUCAAACUGUAAAAAUGAAGUGGCAAAAUUUAAGGGAUACCUUUCGCAAAGAAUACAGGAAAUGCUCACGAGAAAAUGCCCCUCAAUCAACAUGGAAGUUUUACAAACAGCUUUUGUUCCUAGUGGAUGGUUUUUGUAAGAAAGACCUAUGUUAUGGUACCGAUACAAGUGAGUCGUCCUUCAAAAUGCAAAAACUUGUUGAUGUUAAAAAACCUGAUGCUUUGAAUCAGCUUAAGUCACUCGACCAGACACAAACCAACCAACUGGGAAAAGUGUAUAGCAGAAGAAAUUCACUUAAACUUAAAGAUAUUAAGAGAGAUGAAGAUUAUUAUUUCCUUAUGAGUUUACUACCGUAUCUUCGUGAUGUUCCAAAAAGGAGAAAGCUUGCUACUAGAAUACGUCUACAACAAGUAUUGCUGGAAGAGAGUAAACAAGAAAAGCAAAGCCCCAAUGCAUCUGAAUCAUCAUUUGGAAAUAAUGCUGUUUCACCUCCCUCACCAAAUGCUAUGCAAGGGAGCCCAAAUGACACACAACUUUCAUUAGUAUUAUUCUGUCAGUCAGAUCCUAUGGGGAGCUAGACUGGCAACCCCCUUCCAAUUCCAAAAUGUUUUUUUAAUAUUAUGUUUUAAAAUUAAAAUCUCUUGUUACCGGUACUUGAAUGUUUAAAUUUCUUAUGUCAAUAUUCUGUGGUAUCAGACCUGUGUUGAAUUCUUUCUUCUUGCCAUUUGAAUAGGCUCUCAUCAGAUUCAUGUUGAAUGUAUAGAUCUAUGUCAUUUAAAAGAUUAUUGGCUAACUUAUUUCCUCAGAUGUACAUUUUUUCUAACUGUAUGAAAGUUGUCAUUUGACACAAACCAUGGACACAUUUUUACAAUUUUUUCAAUGCAGACAAAGGGGGUAACGGUUCUUUAAAAAAAAAGGAAAAAAAAAUAUUUUGCAGUUCAUACAUAUUUUUUCUAAUAUUGCUAAAAUGUAGCAUGAUAAGUAAUCAAAUUUCCUUAUAAAAAAUAAUGUGGAUUGUCAGGGCACUUUAUGUACAAAAUUAAAAUGAUAAAGUAUCAUAAAGGCAAAUCAUCUAAGCAAUUUUUGAAGCAUCAUUUUCACUGUACAGUACCGUACAUGAAAAUAAUAAUUCCAUAUGAUACUAUACCUACAAAUAUAUUUUUACUAAACCAUAGAUGUGAUAAGAUAGUGUUGUACUUGUGAGGAAAUGUGUGUUGACUGUGAAAUAAAGACAAACUCAUGGCUUAUCUAUAAUUUAGCAAUACACAAUUCCUGUUCAAGUUAAAACACUAAGUUCUGUCACUAGUGCUACACUAUAAAUACAUUUUUCUUCACCUUAGAAUAUAAAAAUAUUAAGAUGAUUUAGGUACUCUCAGUUUUGUAGGUCACUCAGAAGUACUCCCAGUUAUAGCUUUUAAAUAGAGGAACAUACAGUUUAUGCCAGCCAAUUGCUCUGUUGUUAAUUUUUUUUUUUCAAAGAGUGAAACU